AUGUCGACUUCCUCCAGCAGGAAGCGCGGUCGUUCCUUGCACUGCCAGUCCGCGUCGAGUGCCGACGGCCUCGUCGAGCGCUUCGCCGCGUGGCAGCGCCGGCAUGCGUGGCGGCACCUCAGCGCGGUCGAGCGAGUGUGGGCCAUCUCUGACCUGCACAUGGAGCACGAGGCCAACUUUGACUUCGUGAGCGGCCUCGCCGGCUUCGAGCGCGACGCUUUGGUCGUCGCGGGCGACGUUUGUACCUCGCUGGCCUUGCUGCGGAGCGCUCUUAAGCUCCUCGCCGAGCGGUUCAGGCACGUCUUCUAUGUCGUGGGAAACCACGAGCUGUGGCACGACGCCCAGUCGGACGGCGCCGACUCCUUUGAUAAGCUGCUCGCCUUCAGCCACUUCUUGCCGCGCGCCGAGCUGCACCGGACGCACCCGAGCCGGCUGGGCGACAGGCUGGGCGAUGUGGCGCGCCUCGCCCCGGACGUGCACGUCUUCGGUCACACCCACUUCUCGAUCGACGUGACCCUCGGCGGCACGCGCUUCCUGCAGCACCCACUCGGCAACCCGACCGAGCGUGAGGCCGAGCGCGGCGGCGGCGAGUUCCCCGUCUGCAACCACACCACGGCGCGCGCUCCGCUCGCUCUCGUCUGGUGCCGCGCCGAGGGCGUCGUCCCCGGCGCGCCGUCCGACCCGUCCGAGUUCAGCAGUUGGCUCGUCCGGCUCGGAGCAGACUGGCGGCCGCGACCCAGGGGCACGGGUGCGCGCCGCGUGCCCGGCACUCAGUCCGAAAGGAAAAACAUCCCCACGCCCCCCUAG